AUGUCUCGCAUUCAAAACCAGCCAAAUACCGUCUGGAUUCGCAAUGGCAACGCCUACAGCCCUAUCGAGACGAUUGAAAUCGUCGGCCGUCUGGGCACCUUCAAGGCCAACAUGUUCCCCGCCAAGGUCUUUUGCUCAGCCGUGUCUGCCGGCUGUAUAGCAGCCUUCGCCUCUGGUGCCACCCUUGUCGCCAUUAAUAUUCCCUGGAUGGCCGAGAACACUCCUGGUCUCGUCAAGACUCUCAGCUCCAUUCUCUUCCCUUGCGCCUUGGUUAUGAUCUUUAUGAGCGGUGCCGACUUGUUUACCGGUUCGACCAUGUUGACUGGUGUGGCUUGUCUUCAAGGCCGUAUCCCCUGGCAUAAGAUGUUGCUGCACUGGUUCAUCUGCUUCUGGGGUAAUUUCGCCGGCUGUCUUUUUGUCAUGGCGAUUAUCUUUGGUUAUGGCGGCUUGUUCACGGAUCCUGCACAGGUAAAGGUGAUCCAGAACCUCGUCUACAACAAGCAGGUUGUUCCCGAAUGGCAUCAGAUCUUCAUUCGCGCCAUCGGCUGCAACUGGCUCGUGUGUCUCGCUGCCUAUCUCGGUCUGGCCGGUCGGGAUCUCAUGUCCCGUGCCAUGGGCAUGUGGUGGCCUGUUUUCUGCUUUGCCAUUCUCGGUCUCGACCACGUUGUCGUCAACAUGUUCUACAUUCCUUUUGGUAUCUGGCACCACACCCCUGGCGUUACUGUGGGCCUGUACAUCUGGAAGGGCAUCAUUCCUUCACUCCUCGGCAACGUCAUCGGCGGCGGCGGCUUCUGUGGAAUGUUCUACUACUUUAUGUACCUCCACAACCAGGACCCGGUUCCCAUCGACGGCAUCUACUUUCCUGCCGACUUGGCCAAGCUUGAAGAGGGUGGUGCGCUUCCCCAGUACGAGAGUGACGAAUACGUCGUUACCACUCAGGAGCAAAAGAAGCAAUGAUUCUGACGUUUGUGCGGCGGUUAAUAUAGUUUAAGAGUUGGUUUUGGAAACGGCAUGCAUGGCGUACGAU